UGAAAACUUUCUGUAUCUGCACAGUUUCGAAUUUUAAUUACUAUUUUUUAUGUAAUCUGUUAAACUUGUUGUUAAUCUUGAAGUUAAAUAUAAAUCCAGUCUUAUAGGAUUUGAAGCAUCUUGUUGUUUUCCCAUGUUUUAGAAGCUCCAAUAAUCACAUUCAUGGUGUGAAAUUUUCUCCUUCUUCAUCUGUUGAUAUAUGUCUGCUUCUUGUAGCUAAGUAAUCGAAGAAGACGACAUUAAUAUCAUCUGUAUAUAUAUGGAGAAAUUAAUGGUUGAACCAUAUGACAUGGAAUGCAUGAAGAUGGCAUUGUUAAAGCAUGAAGAAACAUUCAAACAGCAGGUAUUCGAACUUCAUAGACUAUAUGAAAUCCAGAGGAUGUUGAUGAAGAAGAUGCAACGAAGCAUGCAGAAUAUAAUUAAUGAAGAAACUAAAACUAAUGCUAGAUGGAAUUUGCAAAAUGGAAGCGUAUUUCAUCAAAAGCAGCUGAAUAAUGAUCUUCAUAAACAAGAUCAUGGGGAUGAUGAUGAUGAUGAGAUGGAAGAAGAGAGUGAAAUUGAGCUCACACUGGGACCCACCACGAGGUACAACCGGAAGAGGAAGAAGAAGAAGAAGAAGAAGUCAUUAUAUUCGGAAUCAUCAUCAAGUUUAGGGAUUUUUGCAUCAUCUUCUUCGUCAACAGAUCAUGAAACCAGACUAAUUACCCUACACAAUAAUUCAGGACGACUACUUGAAUCGAGAUCAACGGCAUGUAUUUAA